UGUUUCAUGCAAAGCACAUAGUAGAAUAAUCUAGAUAGAGUAAUUAGUGUGUGUAAAUGUGUGUGUAAAUGAGUAUAUUUAUCUGCUUGUAUAAAGAGUAUUUAGGAGGAUUGAUUUGAGAUUAUUUUAUUAAAACAAAAGACAAAUUAGCCUUUAACAGAUAUGUACUUCCCUUUCUGUCAGUUUGCUUCUUAAGAAUGCUGUCUUUUUAUUGAGGAUAGUUUGAGUAGUGGGACACAGCAGUUGUUUUAAUAUACUUGUAAAUAUUAAUGUUUAUAUAGAGUCUAUCUAGUCACAGUUAUCUGUUUGUAUAUAUCAGUACUAUUUCCUUUGAGAUAUUAAAAAAAAAAAGAGUGAGUUGCAGAGAGAGACAGAGGGGGAGAUUUAAUCAUGGGAGAGAUGGAACAUCAGUUCAAAGAUUUGCUGUCUCUGACUUUCUUCUGCCUAUAAAAUCUUGUGAGUUUCAGGUGGUUUUUAAGGUUAAAUUAUCGAGAUGGACUUUACAGAUUCUACCAAAGUUGUCUACAAUAGAAUCCAGAAACUAGAACCAGAAAAUGUGUCUAAGAUUAUUGGUUAUCUACUGUUGCAAGAUCAUGGUGAGAGGGAGAUGAUUAGAUUAGCAUUUAGCCCGGAUAAUGUACUUCUCUCUUUGAUUGAGAAAGCUAAAACUGGAUUGUCGUCCAAGCCAGUAGCUUCUCUUUCGGUUUCACCUCCUCAGAUGAGCCCUACACCAAUCUCAGAGCUUCCCUUGCAGUUCACCUCAUUCUCGGCAUCUCGGUCCUUUCCAUCUCUGAAUUCAGCGCUUAGAGUCCCCAAUCCUUACUGGGAUCCCCAAGUUCCUGCAGAGCAGCUGCCAGUUCGUAACUUGGAAUAUGUCCCACUAGGGUACACAGAAUCUGCUCUGGAUGAUUAUCGUCUGCAGAACCAGCUUCAGUUUUUCUCAUUGGAAGAUCAAAUGGAUGCUAUCAACUCAAAUCAGUCUGAUGUGUCAGGCAGUUACUAUUUGCCUAAAACUGCAGUUGGCCCGAGAGCCAACCGAAGGUCUCCAAGUUUGCCUGAAUUUCCGGUCAAGGUUUGCCACUACUUCAGUAAAGGAUUUUGUAAACAUGGAAGCAACUGUCGCUACUUUCAUGGCCAUCUGAUACCAGAAAGCUUCUCUCAAGUGUACCAUUCGAAUACAAAUGAAGUUGUUAAUGAAGAUCAGGAUUUUUCACCUGGAUCGCUUGAGAAGCUCGAAGUGGAGAUCACUGAACUCUUGAAAUCGAGAAGAGGGUUCCCAGUGUCAAUUGCUUCCUUACCGAUGUUAUAUUAUGAGAAAUAUGGGAAGACACUUCAAGCUGAGGGGUAUCUUACAGAGAGCCAGAGACAUGGAAAAGCUGGUUAUAGCUUGACUAAGCUUCUUGCCCGACUCAAGAACAGCAUUAGGCUUAUAGACAGACCUCAUGGUCAGCAUUGUGUCAUAUUGGCAAAAGAUGUUCCGGAGUAUAUGGACUUCAAUGGAGAAAGAAAUGAGCAUGGCGGAACAGUGACUGGCUCUCGCCAGAUAUAUCUGACUUUUCCUGCUGAGAGCACUUUCACGGAGCAAGACGUUUCCAACUAUUUCAAUAAAUAUGGACCUGUUCAAGAUGUUAGGAUUCCUUGCCAGCAGAGAAGAAUGUUUGGGUUCGUGACUUUUGUUUACCCAGAGUCAGUAAAACAGAUUCUGGCUAAAGGGAAUCCUCAUUUUGUAUGUGGUGCGCGUGUUCUUGUAAAGCCUUACAGGGAAAAAUCAAGGCUUUCCGAGAGGAAGUUCUCUGAAAAAGUUCAGCAUCCAAUGUACUAUGGUUCUCAUAUUGUUGAUGCAGAAACUGAUAUACACUCAAUCCCUAGAUUUUAUGAUAAUUCAGGCAUGCUGAGGAAGCACGUUAUGGAGGAGCAGGAACGUCUACUUGAGUUUGAAAGAAUGCGCUUCUCUGAGAUGCAAAUAGCAGCUAAAUCCAUGAACCAUCAUCAAUACUUUGGCUAUGCACCAAACGAAAUGAAGAUUUCUGAAGCACAUGAAGAACAGCCGGACUUCCCAUCUGCCGAACGAUUCAAUUACUUGUUAGAUGUUCUGAAUAAUGGUUCUGGUAAUACUGAAGAGACUAUCAAGCACAUAGAGACCAAAUACAGUGAUCAGGAGAGCACUCAGGGACUAAACCUUCCAGACAGUCCGUUUGCGUCUCCAAUGACGAGCAGGAUUUCGACAGCUACAUAGUUUCUGCAACAGAGAAGGUCACAGAUAUAGGGUGCUCUAUUAUACUACAGAAGCGGCAGAUUAUAAAUAACUGUAUACCAGUCUCAGAGUAGUUCGUGUUUAUCUUGGAGUCAGAUACCUAGUCAUGAAGAGCAAAAGAUGGUUUCUCGGUGUUCUCUUCAGCUAAAGUUAGAAGGUACCGCAAAGAAUAGCGGUACAGACAAAAUGUUACAAGUUGAGGGUUUUUUAGAUUUAGUCUGGACUCUGAAGUAGACUUGUUAGUAUAAUCUUACUUAGCAAAAGAAGAAAGGAAGUAGCAGUACAAGCAGAAAUUAAGUUAAAGAAAUGUAGGGGUCUCUGCAGGGCUAAGAAAGAAGUUAUAAUAAAUAUACUAGUUCAUACAUAAUCGAUAUUCAGCUGGACUUCAUGAAUUGUUUCAUCUAUGCUUUGCUUGAUAUAUGUUAAGUUGUUCGGACCGA